GAACAGAAAUCAGUGGCAGGAAGCCAGAACAGAAGUCCGGCCUAGAUAAGCCCCUUGAGUACAAGUGUAGCCCUCGUAGAGUUCACUAUGCGUACGUCUUCAUCGAUAACCGUGCUCGUACUCGUGCUUAUGGUGGUGACGAUGGUGCCCGAAUUGGAAGCGCGGAAAAGCCACAAGAUCCUCGGAGCCUUAGGACUAAUCGGAGGCGUUGCUGGCGCCGGUGCUAUCGGAGGUUUGCUCCUCGCCAGCCACCAUAAACCUCGUUAUCAUCACGCGCCGAUUAAACACGUGAAGCACGUUCAUUUGCAUCCUGUUCAUCACGUAUCAGUCAUCGAGGACCAUGGUCAUGGAUGGGACGCGGGCCACGGUUGGGACGCGGGCCACGGUUGGGAUCUUGGAGGCCAUGGUUGGUGGUGAUGACAAUCUCCGUUGUCCUCCAAAAUCGUCGAGUCAUUCUGUACAUAACUGUCCGUCCGCCAUACUGCUUCGCGACAAAAUGACGCAGGAGCAUGGAAUUUUCACAACAUGUAAUUGUAAUAAAUGAGAAGAGAACUUUCCACCUAAUAU